AUGGCACAACUAGAAACGGUCUAUGUCACUCACAACUUUGAUGCUGAAAACGACGACGAGAUCGCUCUCAAGGCAGGCGAACCUGUCAUUGUCAUUGAAAAGGACGAGGAAUUCAAGGACGGCUGGUGGAAGGGCCGUAAUGCUCGUGGUGAGAUUGGCUUGUUUCCUAUGAACUACACAUCCACCGUUGCACCUACCUCGCUUGAAAAGACCAUUGGCUCGAUUGAAGAUGUCCUAUCAUCCAUGCAACUAUCCAAUCCCACCGAUGAAAGCCUUGGAUUUAUAUCAUCCGAUGUCACAUCCGCUAGCUUUGACAAGAGUCGUCGGAGCAGUGCCAGUGGUGCAAGUAGUUCCAACAACAACAACAACAAUCGAAGCCCCAUCACUAGAACCAACAUGUAUCGCAACCUGGAUUCUUCAUUAUCAUCCUCCCUUCUCAAAGACACUGCUCCAGAAGAUUGGUCUACCGAUCAAGUCGCUUUAUGGAUUGACAUGAUGGGAUUCAAGGACGUGGCCGAGACAUUCAAAAUGCAAGAAAUCACCGGUGAUGUGCUUUUGGAAUUGACGCCAGAAUCAUUAAAGGAACUUGAUAUCGGCACAUUCGGCAAACGGCAUAAGAUUCAUAAUGCUAUUCAAGCGCUUCGGCAGGAAACCUUGCGAGAUGAUUCUAGUGUAUCUCAACGCCAUCGACGACGUCAAUCAUUAAGAGAAUCAUCAGCAACACCGAGCAUUACCGGAUCGGGAUCACCAAAGUAUCAUGCCGCUGAUCAACAUGUGUCAGCAUUUAAUAGAACGCCUUCUGUAUCUGCACCUAUUCUACCACACCAACAACGAUCAACACCACCACCAAGAGUUGCAAGCCCUGUCCCAUUAUCACCAUCCGAUGUCCCUGUGCAGUAUACCAUAAAGUCAUCCGUUGGCAAUGCAAUGUCGAUCCCUACGAGUUUGGAUACGAAUGACACCAGGAAUGGCGAUCUGACACACGGCACUACAAGAUCGAAUGGACGCUCGAGUUUUCUCCGUGGAUCAUUUCUUGGCUCGGCAGCACAAAAACCAGGGAGCAUCUUCUCCUUGGUCAAUCGAAAUUCAGUCGAUGUAAGACGCAACACCGUGCUUGGAUCAAAGUCAGGGAGCAACAAUGAGCAGGGCAAACCUGAUAUGGAAGGAUGGCUACAUAAACAAGGUGAUAAGUAUCGCACGUGGAAUAAGCGCUGGUUUGUUCUGCAAGGCAUGAAUCUCUAUUAUUUCAAGAGUCCAAAGGAUCUACGAGUGAAGGGCAUCAUCAACUUGGAUGGAUAUCGUGUCUUGACCGAUGAGACAAUCCACUCGGGCAAAUACUGCUUCAAGUUACAACAUGAUCGAGAAAGGACGUUUUAUUUCUACACGGAUUCGGAAAAGGUGAUGAAAAGCUGGCUACGUGGAUUGAUCAAGGUCACCAUUUCUCGCAACUACAAUACACCUGUUUUAUCAUCCAACACGAUUCCAACAGUAUCACUUGAUGCAGCACGCCGAUUGAAACCACGACCUCCAUCGAUGGUGAUGCAAUCCAAGGAUGAUUUUGAUUACAUGUCACGAUCGGAUAAUCGACCCUUUUCUUUGACAAAUUACGAAGGUGGUGGAUCAUUAUCACAUCAACCCUCGUUGCGAGCUUCACGAUCCGAAUCCAUGGCACCUUCCUUACGUGAACAAGCACGAUCCCCAUGGCGAGAUCCAGUAUCACGGCAACCCAGUCUUAGUAGAAGUGCCAGCAUUGGAUCAUCAUCAGGCGGCCGAUUUCAUUCUCAACGCAGCAACACUCAACCCCCUUCGCAUACAGUAUACGCUGUUCCUGAAGAAGAUGAGGAUACGAUUGAUCCCAUUUGUGAUUUUACACGCAAAAAUGGUACCUUGUGGAGCAGCACGGAGGAUGAUGAUGGCAUUGAUUACGUAAAGUGGGUGAACCAGCAUUUGGAACGACCCAUUCAACGUAUUGCACAACUACAAACAGGGGAUCUUCUUGUGGAACUACUUGAAAGGAUCAGCGGCAAAUCAGUACGUCGUCCUCCACCUUCUGGAUCUGCUAGCAUGCAAACAUUGGAUACCAUUGUGGCAGCUUUCCGGUUUAUGGGUCGUGAAGGGAUCCGUAUCGAUGGAAGCUUCACUAUCAAAGAUGUUUAUGGUGGCAAUGAAAGUAAAAUCCAAAUCAUGCUUGAUUCCAUUAGAGAUUGGGCUGCAGCAGAAGACCAUCGAAUCACUGACGACGCGGCAACUCAUUUGUCAUUCUAG